UUAAUAAUUCCGAUUGUAACACGAUCUCUAAUUUAAAUAAUUUAUUUUCUGCUUUGAUUCAAAUUGUUUGUAUGCAUUUGUAUGCGAAUAUUUUGUAAUAUUUAUUUUAUACAAAUUAUCACGUUUACCCAUUCCAGUUGACCGUUGUUUUUGAAGAUCGGAUUCUAUUUGAUGACAAUUCCAAUUUCUUCCGUUGCCUUCAUUCGCUUGGUUACUAAUUUUAGGUUAGAAAAGUGCCUAUACAAACAUUUUUAUAAACAAAGUUAUUGUAAACUUCAAAAGAACCGUGCCUAUUCUUGUGAUACUAAUCUAUUUUUAAAAGAUGUCGGUUGAAGAAGAUACAGAACUGAGAGAUUUGGUUCAACAAUCACUGGAAGCUAAUGGCUCACUAGCUAAAAUAAGGGCUCAAAUUAGAGCCUGCACAUUUAUGGCACUCAUUGAAGAAGAGAAGCUGCAGACAAAACCAUCAUUUCACAAUCAUAAAAUCAAAUCUCAAUUAGAACAACCAGAAGGCCAACUUCUCUUUGCACUGGUGCAUGAAUUUUUGGAAUAUUACAACAUGCAUUACACAUUAAAACUCUAUGAGUCUGAGACAUAUCAAAGUGCCUACUCAUACAAUGGAAGAAACAAACUGCUCAAUGAUUUACACUUAAAUGAUGAUGAUUUAUCAUCCCCACUAUUAUCUCAAUUAUUGGGAAGUUAUCUCAAAGAUGUUCCUAAUGUUAACGGCAUGGAUGGAUCUUCAAAUGGCCAUUUAUUACAGGAAACCAAAGCACAAGUGCCUCUUUUGAAUCAAACAUUUAAUGUGCACAUUGAUAGUAAACCAAACACUCCUCGAUCUGUUAAUUCUGAUGGCAGAGAAGAUACUUAUGAAGGUACUAGUUCUAUUGCUGAAGAUAGUAUUAAGGAUAAAAGCUCAGUAGAGACAGAGAAGGACCAAGAGUUUAAUGAAACAGAUCAUUCAAGCUCUGGAAUGAAUGGAUUUCAAUCAAAUAAUCAAUCUCAUUCUGCAGAAGUUGAGAAAAGUGAGAAAACGUCCAAGUCUGAAAAAUAUCGCAGCAAGUCACCACGCGAGCACGGUUCGAAUAAGUCACGAGAUUUUGUUCUGCCAUCAUUGUACACCUCGAAUCAAGAAUUUGAUGAUAAUUUAGAUAACUAUGAGGAAGACUUUAUGUCUACAAGUGAGGUAGAAUUGAAAACAGAAGUCAGUCCUCAUUCUCCGACCAGUUUAAAUUUUGAUAAAGCAUCUUUAAAAUCUCCGAUUAAAGAGAGUGAUAUAUCUGGAACAAGCGCUGCGAAUGAAACUAAUGCGUCUAGCAUAAAUAGCGAAGAUUUCGAAUUAAAUUCGACUGUCGAUGAAAUACUCAAGUCAAACUCAAACUAAAGUAACAAAUGAGAUCGUAAAUCCCAAAAUUUUGUUACUUCAAUCAUCAUGUACUUAAAGAUAUGAAUUAGUUUAAGCUUAUUUAUUACGUUCGUCUUAAUUUUCCAGUUUAUAAUUUACGAAUCAAUCGAAUGCUUGUUGAUAGGAACCAUGUACUUAAAAUAUUCAUUGUGCCUUAAUUUAAUUGUUUCAAAUGUGAAUGAUAUGAAUAAAAUUAAUAUAAAAAAAGUAUAAGCCGA